CGUGCGCGCUGCCUCCCUGUGAGGGAGGCGAGAACAUGGCGGAAGCGGAGUGAAGGGUUCGUAACGCCGAAGCGGAGGCAAAAUCAUUCCACAACUAUGGAGAAUGAAUCAAGCACAACAACGUCUUCUACAGGCACAACAACCAUCGCUACUACAUCUUCCCCCUCCCGUACACAACCACCCCAGAUAUCUGUCUACAGUGGCUCAGAUCGACAUGCUGUGCAGGUCAUUCAGCAGGCCUUGCAUCGUCCCCCCAGCUCAGCUGCACAAUACCUUCAGCAGAUGUAUGCGGCUCAGCAGCAGCAUCUAAUGUUACAAACUGCAGCUUUACAACAGCAACAUUUGAGCAGUACUCCGUUCCAGAGUUUGGCCAAUGUUCCACAGGCAAAUCUUUCAGGUGGGAGGCAGUGUGCUUCUCCUAAUGGCAGUGUCAGUCAGCAGUCCAGCAUGUCAGAAACCUCGAUUAAUCUUUCUGCUUCUCCUACACCUGCACAGCUAAUAAGCCGUUCACAGACCUCCAACACUAGUAGCAGCAGUCUUACGCAGCAGACGAUGCUGUUAGGGAGCACCUCUCCUAAUCUGACUGCCAGUCAGGCUCAGAUGUAUCUCCGAGCUCAGAUGCUGAUUUUUACGCCUGCUACCACUGUGGCAGCUGUCCAGUCUGACAUUCCUGUUGUGUCCUCAUCAUCUUCGUUUCCCUGUCAGUCUGCAGCUACUCAGGUCCAGAAUUUGACUUUGCGGAGUCAGAAGCUGGGUGUAUUGUCUACUUCUCAAAACGGAACGCCCAAAAACGCUAGUCAACCCCAGACAUUAGCUGUGUGUCCUAGCAAAUCUGUAACCGGUGCCAAAGCCAGCCAAUCAGAUCUAGAAAGCAAAAGGAAAGGAGACAGCCCAAAUGCUGAGCCUCGAAGUCCAGCUGUUACCCGUACGUCAAGUAUUCAUCAGUUAAUGGCACCAGCCUCAUAUUCUCCGAUGCAACCUCAUUCCCUGUUAAAACAUCAGCACCUCCCCCUUCACUCGCCACCUUCCAAGCUCUCUCACCAUCAGCUAAUCUUUCAGCAACAGCAAGUCCAACCAAUCACACUCCAGCUGCCUCCCAGCCACGAAGCCACCCCGUCCCAGCACUGUGCCCCCCUUCAGGGCCAUCCUCUGACUCCAGAUCCCGCCAUUACCCCAUCCCAGCACUGCACCCCUGUCCAUGUCCAUCCUCCUCCACUUUCUCCAACCCCAUCCCCAUCCCCACAACAAUCUGUUGUAGUAUCUCCGCUGCCCCCUACUUCGCCCAGCCAAUCCCCCAGUAUAAUUAUCCACCCCCAGACUCUUAUUCAGUCCCAUCCACUGACAUCGUCGGCGCUCCAGUCCGAACAUAACUCGGUGCAAGCUGAUGAGAGUUCAACAGAAUCAACCUCACAGUCCGCUGCUCAUCCGCCCCAGUUGUCCCCUUCCCCAUUAGUCCACGGGGGACCAGCAGACCGGCCUUCCAUGCUGUCUCCCAGCCAACAGAUGUCAUCGCCAUCAUCUCAUCAACCAUACCCAACAUUGCACCCAGCGCCAGUUCCACUUGCAACCUCUCCACAGUUGUCAUCAACUCCAGCCCACCCUCAACAGAUGAGCCUUCCUCCUGUUCCAUCUUUGCAAGUCCAGCCUGAACUUUUGUCCCAAGAUCAGGUUUUGGUACAAAAUACCUUAGUUUCUGAAGAGGAGCUUCCCGCUGCUGAAGCUUUGGUCCAGCUGCCACUUCAGACUCUUCCGCCUCCCCAAACGGUUGCAGUAAACCUCCAAGUGCAACAAGCAGUACCUAUUGAAACCCCAGUGCUUUACCAGGAGGAAGAUGUCUGUGAAGAUGAGAUGCCUGAGGACUCAGAUGGUGUUCGCAUGGUUAGGACUCCCACCCCACCAACGCUGUCACCACCAGCUAUAACUUUAAGAAGCCGCGAAGAGCUUUCUUACGAAGACGCUUUUGCAGAACAAGAGGGACAUUCUUCAAUGGCCUCAUCAGUCAGCGCAUCUGUAAUUAAAUCACCAUCAGACCCUUCGCAUGCCUCUAUUCCACUGCCACCUCUUUUGCUCCCAGCAAUUGCAACAAGGACUCACAGCGCAUCAGUGUCCAAUAGAAACCCUAGUAUAGAAAUCAAACUUCCACAGGCUAUCGUUAAACCACAAAUCCUGACUCAUGUCAUUGAGGGUUUUGUGAUCCAAGAGGGUUUAGAACCAUUUCCUGUAAGUUGUUCAUCUCUUCUGACUGACCAGCCUGCAAAAAAGAGACUCUUAUUGGAGGAGCAAGUUGUGAAUGUUAUGUGUGUUGAACCGGAGCUUCAGAACAAUGCCAAACAUGCAGACAACUCCUCAGACACAGAGAUGGAGGACAUAAUUACUGAAGGAGCUUUAAAUAUCAUCCAGAAUGACCUUCCCACCUUUGGGAUACCAGAUUCUUAA